GGAAAACCAAGAGUCAGGCUAGAAACCGCAGCCAAGGGCGCUCAAUCAGGCUCAAGCCAUCGAACCGAUCCUCCAGGGAGGCCGAAUUCGCCCGGUCCUCUCCGAAUCGUCACCGAAGCCACUACACGAGAUCGGCCCGCCGCACCACGACAAUGCGAAGAGCGACCCCGAAGCAGAUCGGCUCCGUCUGCCAGCUGUGCCCCGUUGCGUCAGCCCAGAUUGCCAGCCAGAGGUUCAUCCGCCGGGCUCUAUUGUCACAAAGCCGCCAUGUCCGAAGCCUGAACGCGCGGCCCGUCGGUGUGCGAUGGCUUGCAACCGCAUCUGCGAUUCCCGAACCAGCUUCUGCACGACCCUCAGUCCCCGCCACCUCGAACACCCCGGUGGAAUUGUUGAACCCUGCCCAGCUGGCCAAGGCAGUGGAGGACACCAGAGACAAGUUUGUUUCUACUGAUGGGAUCCCGGCCAAACAAUUGACGGCCACGGCGCUCGAGACAUGCCUCAAAGCUGCGGAAGCCCUCCAACCAUUAGUGAGGAGGGCUGAGGCCCAGGCUCGGGCUUCAACCUCGAAGCUCAUGGCCCUAGGCUCCGAGCGAACCGGCGCAAAGCCAUUGGUAAAUGCUGAGUUGAGGGACAGCGUCAAUAAGAUCUCAUACUCAGCAUAUACCAUCAUCAGCCAACCUAAUGUUGAGAUGUCGCCCGAAUUUCUCGAACUGUACGUCGUGAUCCAGGCCACCCUAGGCCGCCCGGAGUCACUGCCUGCUGUCCUAGAGCAGUUCGCCACCAAGCCUCGGCCUGUGGUCAAAAAUGGUGUGAUUCAAUACGUCCGCCGGAAUCCCAAUUCUGCCGUUAGGGCCAUUGAGGAGGGAGUCGCCGACAUGGCUUUGCAGACAGCCAUUGAUGCCAAGAACUUGGAUUCAGCUCUAGGCAUCGUUGAGGCCUCGUUCAGUCUCCCUGCCUUCAAACGCCAAAAGAUGCUCAAGCACUCUACUGCCCCUGCCUUGGCUCUUACCACACUGCCCUUUGGCAUUUUCGGCCUAGCAUCUGGCUACGCUGCCUACUGGCAAAACACCAUGGAUGUCACGACCGCAACGGGUCUUGGUGUCGCUGGUAUCUCGGGCUACUUCCUUGUGGUGGGAUCAAUGGGCCUGAUUGCCAAGCUUAGCAACAAGGACCAAAUGAAGCGAGUGACCUGGGCGCCGGGCACGCCGCUGCGUUACCGGUGGCUGAGGGAGGAAGAGCGUGCGGCACUAGACAAGAUUGCGUGUGCAUGGGGUUUCAAAGAGCCUUGGAGGCACGGAGAGGAGUCGGGGCCUGAGUGGGAAGGCUUGAAGGAGUAUAUGGGCUACCGACAGAUGAUUCUAGAUCGGGUGGAGUUCAUGGAUGGGAUGAACGAGACUUCACGUGAAUGCGGAGAGAAAGAAGCAAAGCCUCACAGACCCGAAGACUCCGAGAGGCCCUUUGCAAAGUACACCAAACGCUAA